CUGGCGGCUGAUGCCGGAAGUAGCAGACUGGCCUGUGAUCAUGGCGGCUGGAGACUCAGUGAAGAGGAUGGCGGGCCAGGCCGGACUGGGAUGGAGGGCUCCGGGGCUCGUCCUGCUCCUACUAGCGGGUAUAUGUCGUGCAAAUUCAGUGGAGAGGAAAAUCUAUGUUAACCUAAACAAUACUGCUCCAUGUGUCCGCCUCCUCAACGCAACGCAUCAAACAGGAUGUCAAUCCUCUAGGAAUGGUGACACAGGUGUGAUUCACGUGGUAGAAAAGGAAGAUGACUUGUUGUGGGUGUUGGAGACAGGACCCAAUCCUCCAUACAUGCUGUUGCUUGAUGGCUUCUUAUUUACCAGGGACACCAUAGCAAAACUGAAGGGCAGUUCCCGUGUGUCAGGAAUAGCAGUCGCAUUUUCUAAACCCAGUCCCCCUGACGGCUUCUCUCCCGAUCUGCAAUGUCCAAAUGAUGGAUUUGGUGUUUACACAGAGGAGCAUGGACCUCAGUAUGCUCACUGCAAUAAGACCACGUGGAACCCCCUGGGAACUGGCUUUUCAUAUGAAGAUUUUGAAUUCCCAAUUUUCCUUCUCCAGGACGAGAAUGAGACUGAGGUCAUUAAACAGUGUUACAGAGAGCAUAAUAUCCCUCAGAAUGGCACCGACCCAAAAUACCCGCUGUGUGCCAUGCAACUGUACUCUCACAUGCACGCUGUGACCAGCACCGUUACCUGCAUGAGACGCAACUCCAUUCAGAUGUCCUUCAGCAUUAACCCUGAAGCAGUGUGCGACACAUUAGCUGGGUAUAACGUGUGGAGUGCUGUAAAACCCAUUAACAUCUCUGGCACACUGGCUCCCGAGGAUCGCGUUAUAAUGGUAGCUACCAAGGUGGACAGUCGUUCUUUCUUUUGGAACAUAGCCCCAGCAGCUGAGAGCACAGUUUCUGGGAUGGUGACUCAAUUAGCGGCUGCAGAAGCUCUACAGAAGGUGCCAGACGUUCAGUCUCUGCCGAUGAACAUCAUGUUCAGUUUCUUCCAAGGGGAAGUGUUUGACUACAUCGGCAGCUCCCGUAUGGUGUAUGAUAUGGAGAAAGGGAAGUUCCCCGUCAAACUCAGCAAUAUCCACUCAUUUAUUGAACUCAACCAGGUGGCGCUAAGAAAUAAUUCCUUACUGUGGAUCCACACUGACCCAUUGUCCCGGAACAAUGAUUCUGUAAAUGCAGAGGUAGAAAAACUAAUCGAGACUCUACGUAACUCCACCACAAAUCCCAAUGUCGUGGUUCAGGAAGCUGACCAGUCCGAGCCUCUUCCACCCGCUUCCUUCCAGCGUUUCCUAAGGGCUCGCAACAUUCCUGGUGUGGUUCUGACUGAUCAUAGGAAUGCAUACAGCAACAAAUAUUUUCACAGCAUAUAUGACACGGCUGACAACAUCCAUAUGGAUUACCCAGAUGGUCUCUCUAAAGAGGAAGCGCUGGAGUAUAUUACCGAUGCAGCCAGGUCUCUUACAGAUGUGGCUUCUGUUCUUGCCACCACCUUGUACCGGCUAGCUGGAGGAAACGACACAAUGGAGAUCAAGGCAGAUCCAAAAACGGUCACAAGGAUGUUAUACGGAUUUUUGAAGAUGUCCAACAAUAGCUGGUUCCAGUCCAUUAUCAGGCCGGAGUGGAAAGGGAUUCUGCAAGACUUCCAGCCUCAGUAUUAUGUGACUGCCACCUUGCAAGGUACAAAAACGACCGCUAACAACCAAACUGCUCUACUACUGUCUGUAUUGGCUAACCUCACGGGGACAGUGGUAAACUUCACCAAGGAUGAAUGUCAGAGCCUUGACAAAGCCACAGAUCCGAAGAAAGAACUGUAUGAUUACUACUGGGUGCAGGGUUCCCUCAAUGAAAACUCAACCACUAGGACCCCAUUCUGUGUACGGACCUCCAUGCGAAGCCACCUGGCAGAAUCUCCUGCAUUUGAACUAGUAGAGUGGGGUUCCACAGAAUAUUCCACAUGGACAGAAAGCCGCUGGAAGGAGAUUCGGGCCCGGAUUUUCCUUGUACCUAGUCGUCAUUUAGAGAUAAUCACGUUGGCUGUGGGAAUUUUGGUAUUUAUCAUAUCUCUAGUCGUCACAUAUUUUAUCAAUGCCAAGGCGGACAUCUUGUUCAGCGGUACUCAGGAAGGAGAUGUAAACGUUGCCUACUAGAGACUCUCUUCUACCAUCAUCUAAGAGGACCAAGACCUGCAGCGUGCACCGGCUUGGUACAAGUGCCCUUGCUGCUUUCAAAAAAAAAAUUACGACACUGGAGAGACUUGGAUUUUUUUUUAUUAAUUUUCUAAAGAUAUGUUAUUAAAGGUGCAUACUGGCAAGUAAGGAGGAGACCUUUCUCAUUCAUUUUCUCUUGAAAACUAAACAUCUAACGCUAUUGAAGGAAACAUUGGAAGGAACUUUGGCAUAUAAAGUAGACUUUGGUUUACCAUGUACCAAAAACAGUGGAUCUAAUAGUUUGAUAAAUAAAGAUUCAAACCAUUGGGAUAGAAGUACUGUUGCCAUGGUGACUGCUACACAUCAUCACAGAAAUAUUACAUUUAAUGUCACCAAAAAUAUGACACUGUCAUCGCCUGCGUUCUAUGCAGUUUUUGUUUCAAUUUCCCUGUUUGCCCUUCUUUCAUUGUUUUUUUUUUUUUUUUUUUUCGUGAUGCACUAUUUUUGUAAAAUGCAUGCUCACAUAAGAGCAGAAAAUUAAAUUGAUACAUUGUGCUAGCAAGUGUAUACGUUGGAUGAUAAACCUGUGUGAAAAUAGGUAUUUGCCCCACCUGUCAAUCAUUUCUUCAGCUUAGACCUCUAUGCCAAAGAACUGACUGACUGGGAGAGCAGGAGAGACUUCUAUCAUGUGAUCCUCCUGCUCUCCGACAUAGCAACCAAAGUGCCCGCACUGUUGUUGCUAUAAUUGUUGUUGUUGCUAUGAUUACUCUCUGUCGUUUUUUUGUGCAGGAUAGAGAAGUAUAGGAAUGAAGUGAUUCAAUGAAGCCAGUAUGUUGGCAUCUGAGUAGGAUUGCCUUGUUUAAGGAAUUUUCCCCAAGCAGAGCAUAUCAAAUCCCCUGUCGUUUUUUUGUCCAGGAUAGAGAAGUAUAGGAAUGAAGUGAUUCAAUGAAGCCAGUAUGUUGGCAUCUGAGUAGGAUUGCCUUGUUUAAGGAAUUUUCCCCAAGCAGAGCAUAUCAAAUCGUAGCACAGGUGGCACCAGAGGUGCAUGUUAAAUAGUGACACGAAGCCGCGAACAUGGUGCCACUGGGCUAGAACAUAUUCUGCUGAGUAUGUUCUGUAUCUCUUUGAUAAAUUAUAUAUUCAUAGUUUCUAGGGAAAUUUCUCUCAUGACAGGUUUACGUUAACGGUGAUUUUUGCGCAUCUGAAUGCCACAUACUGUACAAAUAUUUUGGACGAGAUAUUAGGAAAUCAAGCUUUAUUAGCCGGGGAUUUGGGUGCUGGUAAUUCUCAGUUUUGUUUUGUCAAACAAGUUUUAAAUGCUUUGACAAAAAUCUGAGAAUCAGAACCCUUAUCCCCCUUUCACCAUAGGUGCUAUAAUAACUUUUAUAGUGGUUAUGGUACUUGGAGAGAGGGUCUUUUUAAUUCAGAACAUUUAGGAACAAGUGGUUAUUGUUGGGGGGGGGGAGAGGGAAGGGAAAUUAUAAUUACUGAUUUCUUAAUAUAACAAAACAGUUUUUGCAAUUACCUUUGUUGUUGCCUGUAUUGUUAAAGACACAACAGUGAUGAUUUUCUGUCUGCAACCCUUCGUCCGUAUUGUAUUUUUGUAUUUUUUCUGUCUUCAGCGUUAAAUAUUCGCAGCCGCCGAUUUGUGACUCACCAGUCCUGAAUCCACAAAUCUUUUUCUUAAGAUUGUUUGUAAACUGAAUCUGUCACAUUUACAGAAACAGUAGUUUGGGAUCCAGCACAUAAAGUGAGAUAUUGUGUAUUUUAAAGGAAAAUGUGCUGGAUUAAACCUAUGCCAUUAUCAGAAACAUGACAGAUCUUUGCUGUUCAGCUUGUAUACAUGCUUGAGAAAAAAAGAAAAAAAGAUUUUGUGACAUCUGGGGAUUCACCUUUAUAAAUAAAGCUCUUUCAAGUAGAUAGAAGGUCAGAAUAAUCAUUUGACAGCUGAGCAACAUCAUUAACCCUGCGGGUCAUGUUCACUAAAUGUAGUCAUUCCACAAUACUGUUUGUUGCCUGUUUAAUCUAAGAUGACUGUGAUUUAACAGUUAGAUGAUGUGACAGUGCAGUUUUUAAUUAUUUACGAAUUGGCAUCUAAUAUUUUGUUUUGGCUUUGUGCGAAAGAAAUUAAAAAUUAUCAGCAAAAAGUGUUGCUCUGUACUUUUACUGUUUUAGACCAAA